UACGGGCAUAUUGCAUUAGUCAUGCCACAACGAACAUGUCAAAGUUCACCCACCAAAUGAACAAUCAUUGUCGACACUAACGGAGGUUGCUAUUGAGCAUUCUGCCGGCAUCGACUUGAAAUUAUCUUUCAAGCUCCCAAUCAAGUAGCACGCCUGACUGUCAAUGCGACUCUUGGAUACCAAGGAACAAUCAUACAGGGGCUACAGUCGACAGCUCAUAAAUAAGCAGAUCGUGGGCAUGACUAUAAAUGAUCGGACCGCGAGGAGAGCGGAGAAAAUCGACACUCUUAACCCUCGUGUGAAGAUGUAUCAAGAGAGGAAGGGGGUCUCAGGCAACGUAUUCAGCGUUCUCAGGACAGUCCCGGGCAAUCUAGAGAAAACCGCGAACGUAAAUAUCUGCAAGGCGUGUAUUAGGGCUCUUCCUCACGUGUCCUUCCUGCUGGCACUUGUAGCAGGUCUUGUUCUUGUUCGGGUUGCCGACAGGGACAGACGUGGAGUCGACCGUAGAUCCAGGAGCAGCCAAGCAGUCCCUAUAACAUUCAACACGUUAGCGGCAUCAAGAAUAGGCAUUCAUGGUCCAGGCUCACUUGGCCAUGUGGUUAGGGCCUCCGCAGCGGUAGCACUUUACGGGGGGGACCAUGGACGUGUUGAGAGAACGGCCAGGAGGAGGGGCGCGAGAGGCAAAUCCACCACCACCCGAGGCGGUAGGACAAUUACGUGCAAUAUGACCAAAGCGACCACAAUUCUAUAGCACUUCGCCCCGGAACCAACCCUCAAGUUCGGACACUCCGCCUGAAUGUGACCGACUCCGCCACAAGAGUAGCACUGCUUGGCAGCCACCGUGCGAGGCUCCGGGCACGCAGACGACUCGUGGCCGGGCUGGCGGCAGUUGUAGCAGAGACGCUGCUCUGACGUACAGUUCUCCGCAAUGUGGCCGACUGCGACACGUUAAUUCAGCCUCCUUGGAACGUAAUCCGACAUACGCACGAUUUCCGCACUUAAAACACCCCUUCCU